CAGUAAACCAUUGGUUAAUAUCUUUUGACAUGAUUACCAUAUUUUCAACUCAGCUUUGCUUAACAUCUUUCUAAAUUGACUAGAUCUUGGGCCUUUUGCAGUAAUACUGCUGCAAUCGUGAUGGAAGCUAAAUUCUUUCGCUUCCUUAAGAUUGUUGGUGUUGGGUACAAAGCCAGAGCUGAAGCAGAAGGGAGGCUUUUGUAUCUCAAAUUAGGAUACAGUCAUGAGGUUGAGCUAUCCGUGCCUCCUGCUGUUCGCGUUUUCUGCUUCAAGAACAAUAUGGUUUGCUGUACUGGGAUUGACAAGCAAAGAGUGCAUCAGUUUGCUGCUACUGUCCGAAGUUGUAAGCCUCCCGAAGUUUACAAAGGAAAGGGUAUCAUGUAUAUUGAUGAAAUUAUCAAGAAAAAGCAAGGAAAGAAGUCUAAAUGAUAGCAGAUGCGCAUGUUACCAUUGCAAAAUGUUUUUGCAGUUUAUUUUUUAGACUCAGCCACAUUCACAUCCCUCUUUUUGAAAAUUAAUUUAUUAGGAUUCUUGGAACAUUCAGGAUCUUGAAGUUGCAGCUUGUUCAAUAGAAUCAUCCUUCUAUUUGCUUUUGUUGACUAUUGUCUAUCAAUGGGAAUGAAGAUCGUCGAAUAUUGGAGUCAGGAAUAGGAAACAAAAUAAUAGCUCGUGGAGUUUUCUCAAUCGGUUCUUAUGAUGGCAAGUUCACUAAAUCAAGUAUCACGUAGAGAGCCUUAACCCAAAA